CACCGGCGGGAGCGAGAGCCGGCUGUAGGCGGCUCCUUCCUGUGCAAACUUUUCUGUGUUCUUCCUCCUCCCGCGCUGCGCACCGCUGCUUGCGGCCGCCUCCCCGCCCUGCCAGCCGGCCGGGGGCUCCACGCGGGGCCGCAGCGGACAGCUCAGCCCUCUGCACCGGCCCCACCCUGCCUGAGCUCGCUCCCUCCCGGCGCCUACGGCCAAUGGCGGAAGCCGACGGGAGCCCUGAGAUAUCCCCGGACCAGCCAGCCGGCCAGGAGGAGGUAGCAGCGGUGGAUCUGGACCCCGAGCCCGAGGCUCCCGGCCCGGCCGCUCCUGCCCUGCGCUGGCUACCCGGGGACCCAAGUCCCCGCGGCCGCUCCCAGAGCGACCUGUCGUCCGCCUCGAGCAGGGGCCGCCCGCUCAGGGUCCACAUCUCCGGUUCAGUUGAUGGACUAGACAAGGCCUCCAUAGCAAACUCGGAUGCCCCCCCAACAGGUUCCCAGACACCUCCCUUCAAGAGAAAGGGGAAACUCUCGACCAUUGGGAAAAUCUUCAAGCCUUGGAAAUGGAGGAAAAAGAAGACCAGCGACAAAUUUAGAGAAACCUCAGCAGUGUUAGAGAGGAAGAUCUCCACCAGACAGAGUAGAGAGGAGCUGAUAAGAAGGGGCCUGCUUAAAGAACUGCCUGAUCAAGAUGGAGAUGUAACAGUUAACUUUGAAAAUUCAAACGGGCACAUGAUACACAUCGGAGAGGAAUCUACCCAAGAGGAGAAUGUAGGGAAACCCGAAGAAGGGGAUGGCCCUGUGAGUGAGAAAACACCACCUCGGGAGGAAAAGGCAGAAGAUAAGACAGAGAACCCUGAAAUCCACUCUGAAACACCGGCUGCUCCUGCUCUACCUCCUACAGCUCCUCCUAAGCCUAAACCUAAACCUAAACCCAAAAAAUCUCCUGUGCCUCCCAAAGGGGCCACUGCUGGGGCCAGCCACAAAGGGGAUGAAGUGCCUCCUAAUAGAAAAAAUGUCAAGGCUCCCAGUAAGCAGGCCCCAACCCCUCCACCCAAGCCAACAAGCCGAAACACUGCCCGGGAGGCUGUUGCCUCCAGAGCUGGUUCUUCUCAUCCGAAGAAAACAACUGGCUCCAAAGCAUCUGCCUCAGCAUCUGCUUCCUCCACCUCCUCUCGCCCCAAAGUGUCCAAGGAGUCAGUUGCUAGCAAAACAGGCAUACUGGGGACCACAAGGGGCAAGAAAAAGUUUGGCAAGCAGACGGCAGCGUCCCGACUGCCCUCCGACACCAGCACUGCUGAGACAUCUAGCCUUAAAGGGGAGCCCUCCGACGCUGGGCUAGAGAGUCUCAAACAGGAGGCAGCUGCUGGAGCUGAGGAGCAAGCCACAGGCAAAUCCAAGGCAACCAUCCUUCCACAUCCUGUGGCACCACUGCCCUCCCCAUCUGCCCUGCCUCUGCCACUUGAGGAUCAGGGCAUUGUUGCCUUGGACACCGCCAUGGCCCUAGUCAGUGAUGGACAUACCCUGCCCAUCUCUGCCUUAGACCCGAGUCAGCUCCUUUGGACUGAAGAGCCGACAAGCAGAACCACUCCGUAUUCAAGCGCCGACUUAACUGGCAGCAGAGAACACACACAGUGCUUUGCAACCAAAGAUGAGCUGGGAAAGGCUGGACCUCAGUUGCUGACUCCCGGGCAGGCGGGAGACUCUUCAGAAUCCUUCAGUGCCCCGGAGGGUGAGACCCCAAGAGAGUACCAAUCCAACGACUCUGACUCAGACGGACCCAUCUUGUACACCGAUGAUGAUGAGGAAGAGGAUGAUGAUGAUGACGGCAGCGGAGAAAGUGCUUUGGCAAGUAAGAUACGCCGAAGGGACACUCUUGCCAUCAAACUUGGCAAUAGACCAUCCAAGAAAGAACUGGAGGACAAAAACAUCCUGCAGCGAACAUCUGAAGAAGAAAGGCAAGAAAUAAGACAGCAGAUCGGGACCAACCUGGUCAGGAGACUCAGCCAGAGGCCAACAACUGAAGAAUUAGAGCAAAGAAACAUCUUAAGACAAAAGAAUGAAGAAGAGGAGCAAGAAGCAAAAAUGGAACUCAAACGGAGACUCAGCCGGAAGCUCAGCCUAAGACCUUCUGUGGCAGAGCUACAAGCCCGAAGGAUCCUGCGGUUUAAUGAGUAUGUAGAAGUCACGGAUUCUCCGGACUAUGACCGCCGCGCCGACAAGCCCUGGGCCAGGUUGACACCUGCCGACAAGGCAGCAAUAAGAAAAGAACUAAAUGAAUUCAAAAGCACAGAAAUGGAAGUCCAUGAGGAGAGCCGACAGUUUACAAGGUUUCAUCGUCCAUAAUGAGGUGCAGGACUGCUCAGAAAUAUAAACUGAUCAUCCCUGGCUGAAGUCCUGCUUCCUGAGACCCCGAAAUUGCACUGAGAUUUGAACGUGGAUGUUUCCGUUUCAUUGUGGUGAGGGAGGCCUGUGACUCAGCUUUCGUUGAGCAUGCUCCUCACCUGGACAGCCCAGACGAGGCCAACAAGCUGAGAGCCAGACGCAGCAAGCCUGCCUGCCCAGGAUGUGCACUGAUGGAAGGGCAGUCUGGUUCUCUCAGCUGCUUUUCCUCGGACAAUUUCAUCAAAGAAGACAAGCAGAAGACAAUCGCCAGUUCGACUACCGGAAAGCCAAAUGGUAUAGUGUGUGUGGGUUCGCAAACAAGAGACAUUGGAGUUGCUGGUGGUCACCCCAGCAGAGUGGGAGCUAAAAAGAAGGAGAACGGUUUCAUUAUGUUAAUGAAGAAAAGAAGAACGAAGAUAAGUAUAUUUUUGAAGUAGGCAUUUGGUAGCUAAGAACUUAAGAAGGGAUUUGGGAACCUACUCACCCAGUGUGGAUUCCUUAAAGACUUGAUUCCAGAACAUAUAUUCUUGUUUCGCCAAUAAGUUGGUUCUGUGUAAUACCAUAUUUUUUAUGUUGUGCCAGUGAACCCAGUUGCCAGAAACAAAUCUGUGUGUGCAUUAAGUGCGAGAAGCCUCUACCAACUCUUACCAAGCAUGCUCGCUUGCAUUGUGUUGCAUGCUUCCAGUGGCCCGCGAUCCACGUGACAUUUUCUUAGCCUGCUUUCCUAAUCAAUGAGCCCUCUCCAAGGGUAACAGAGAUAAGGUCAGAUAUAAUGUGACUCUGAGAAACCGUUGCAGGCUUUAGAAACAAAUCUCCUGAUUGUUCCCUGUCUUAAUUAUCUCACAAGUCAGGAAAGCAUUCAUUACCGAAAGAAGAUUAUAAGGACAAUCACGAUACCCUUUUGAAAAACUCAGUCCAGAGUUGCAACUUAAGCAACAUACAAGUGUGUGUUCCUUGCUCUUAAGUUCUAAAGUGGAAUAAAUAAUAAUAAAAUGUCAGGUAGUUUUGAAUGCUGCAUUAAAAAUAAAAAAGUUAGGUUGCUGCUAUUAAAAAAAAAUAUCAAGCACAUGGAUUUAGCAAAAAUACCCUAAGGCUUUCAAGGAACACAGAAAAUUGCUGGUUUAUGUAAAGGAAACUUUACCUUCUGUGCUGAUUCUGUGGAUUGCAUCUAUACAUACAGUCUUUACUCCCCAUGCCAGAGAAGCAGUGGGAUACAGUGUAAGACGGUUUCCUGAGAGCCUCUAAUCAGUAGUGUUUAUAUUGAGAAGCUUCCUCCCUUAAAUUGCCCUUCUCUGAGGUAUCAGGCCAGCACAGAACCUCAGAAGGGCUCACUUGUAAAUACUCCCCUAAAUUCCAUUGUCCCUUAACAAUUGUUUUGGGCCACCUGGAUUAAAAGCAUGCCAUAUGUGUUUUCAAAAGAGAAGGCAGAAUCUGUAUUGCGUCUGUCUUACUCUCCGAUCUGAAACGAUAUCUGUUCUGAACCGUUCCUCCUGCAGAAUGUGGAAGCCUGUAAUUUUCUAUCUCUACUGAGAAGUCAGCAUUUAAUCAGUGGAAUAAGUGUAGGGCCCACCACUCUGUGGUAUUGGGAAGAACCACUGGAAAUUUGAUGAUUUCAUUUCAAAGUAAAAGUGGUUAGCUGCAGUUGGCUUAUUAUAAGAAGCCGGGAGGAUCAUUCUGUGAGGUAGCCAGCAUUAUUGUCCCCUGAACUGUGCUUAGCUGUUUGCAUUAAUAAAAUACGGCUGCCAUUUACACUGGUCCAUUCCACUAACGGCAUAGGACAGGCUUUAAUUUUGAAAUAGUGUCUGUGUGUGCCCCAGUAUUUGUUUGUCUUGGGCUGAGGGCUUGUUCCUUUGGUUGUUUGCAGUGUGCUGCACACUCUCUAGGAGUCCCGAGCUGCCCUCCCAGCCAUUGGUUGCUUCAUAGUGUCUCAAUUUGACCAUAAAAAUUAACUUCUUUCUCGUUAAUUGCAAAGUAGUGUUCCUUUAUGAUAUUAUCAUGUCAGUGUCAUGAGAAAAAUGCCAAGGCAGAUAAUGUUUCUUUUUCUAUGCGUAUAACCUUCAAAUAUUUUACAACUCCUAAUCGCAUGUUCUCUGUACAUUGUAAAUGCAAGACUUGCACACCAGUUUGUCCUUCAAAGUGUGUGUCAUAGAAAGUUUCCGUGUGCUUGUUAAAAAGAACAAUAUUUUUCCCCAUAGUGGUCCAAAUUACAGUUUUUCCUUUCCACAAUGAUCUUCGCCCACUACAGAACACAGACUGCCUCUCAUGCUGAAGCCCCCAGUUCAAUCCCCAGUACUGCACAGAUGAAAGCCUGUUUUCCUGACAUGAUCUGUCACAUCUAUGAACUACAAAUACCUUUCAUCCAUACUGACUCAUACAUUUACAGAAAAAAUUUUCAAGUUAGAGAGAAGUUUAAAAAGCUAAAAAUUAACUAUCAGUAGUCUAAUAUUUAAGUAAUUAGAACAACCUGUUAGUUCAUUGCAACAAUCUAUUCAUUUUUUAAAAGCCAUGGAAACAAUUAAAAUAUCAUGAGCCAAGCUGUAGUGCUCAGAAUAAGUUUCUAUUUUCAUGGUUAAUUUUUAAAGACAGAAAAAUGUAAAGGCUGCAUAACCUCACUAGCGGCCCAUCCAGGCAUCCCCACAGAAGGCAAAGCAGCCAUGUCUCUCUCUCCCUGCAAUUAUGCCUCUGCCCUCCGCCAGCGUUUCUGCAGCCCAGCCAGCCUGCCACUGUUCCCGAAGACAAUAAAUGUGUGCAGAAAUCGCAGUUAUUUCUUGGUGCGGUUGUAAUAUGGUUCCAGUUUUUCACUAGAGCCUGGAGAUGGAGAAACGGAGGAAGUUUUCCUGACUCCUGAGAUAGAAUGAAGAAAGAAAAUUAGCCCAUCUCAUGGAAGGUCCCAGGCAAGAAAGAACUGGACCAAAUAUAAAAUACAAAGUGGCCAUUUCUAUCUUGGCUUUUAACGGAGGAGAGAAACCCUGUUGGUCUGAAGGUAAUGAGAAAACACUAAGUCCCCUUCAUUCUGCAGCCUCACAGUUAUUACCAACCAAGGUGAUAAAAAAAAAAAAACAGUCCCUUAGUCGGCAUUCAUCUGGGGCAUCUUGGCUGGAGAUUUUGUACCCAUGUGAAAUGCCUUGUGGUUUUGUGUUAGCUCUCCUUUACCUUUAUGUUUUUUUCCUUCAAUCAUUUAGCUAAAGUCUGCAAUAUUCAGAGAACCAUCCUGGGUAUUUGAACAGCCAUUAAUUAAAAAGGGAAAAGCAAACAGACCGGGUUCUCUGAUUUACCCAGAAAAGCUGCCUUUUUUCGUUUCUUCUUCCCAUCCUUAUUUGCAAAAUGAAGGCAGUCAGUUACUUAUCUGUCUCUGGUGUCAGGAGGAAAUUCUGAAAUUUAAUUGAAAAUAGACUUAAGGAAAUAGAAGACUCUAAUUGCUCCUCAAAAGUCACCAAAUAUUGAAAACGAGUUGUGAGCCUUUAGAACCUCUGUUCGAUUUGUAUCCUAUGAUUGAUUCAGUGACGUGCUGGUGUUUUAAAACAAAAAAUACAGUAGUUUGUCCCUGGGAGAGAAAGAAAUGUGGGUUAGCACAUCCACCCCAUGGCAUCACAGGACAGACAAGCCUGUCAAAGACCAAGCCGUAGGCACAGUAGAAAGAGGCCAGUCUGCCACAUAGCAGUAUGUCUGCAUUUGAACAGAACAGUAUUUUCUUUUUCUUCAUCCCCUGCUCAGGCAGUCCAUCCUGUGUUAUCUGCGAGUGGUCCUAGCAGCCUAAUUUAGAGUAGGAAACUUUCUUUAGCGGUGAGACAGACUUAAGCAAAUCGGAGAUACAUGAACUCAACGUCAUUUUCAUCAGUGUAGUGAAUUUGUUUAUGCAUUCCUAAAUCCUCACUUUAUUCGCUUAUCAUUACCAGUACAAGAAGCUGUGGUUGGGUAUCAUCACUCCUUCCCCCGCAUCCGCAGAGUAUACAGAUUGUCCCUUCACCCCUUAAAAUGAUGAAUUCUUUGUUAGGACUUGCUGUCUACUUACUGGUGAUAUGUUUCCUUUAACAAAGCAGAAUGAACCUUUCGAAGAUAUGGGCCGGAGAGGACAACAGUGGGAAAAAUAAGCAAUGGUCAGAUUAAUGGGAACAGCUUCCUGAGAGAAAGCGCAUGCCUAGGCAACUGGAACCCAAGUUCCAAAGAGGGACUCUAGGUUCCACUACAGAGGCAAGCAACGACCAAAGGGUGGCAGAGGAGAGGACGGCAGAAAAGCCCAAACCACUCUCCUUUUUGCCUUCAGUUUACCUUUUCUAAUUGCUAAGCUUAAACACGGUUUCAAAGCUUGAACCACUAUUAGCAUUUCUAAAAGGCAACUGUAAUAGAGACCAACUAUUUUUUUUUUUGCUAUGAUGAUAUUUUGUUUUCUGUUUUGUUUGUUUGAUUUCCUUUUUGUGGACAGCUUCAUCCCAAAUGAACAAAUCUUAUUUUUACAUAUUGUAAGGAUUUUGGCAAAGAGAUGGAGAGUCGUGUAGCUGCUAUUCCUACAUAAUGCCAAUUUUCAGCCGCGUUGGGUUUUAACGCAGGAAAACGCCAUUGAGCUUGUUGCUCCUCUGCAGCAGCUGUGCAUGAACAAAGAACUGUUGAUAGAUGGUCCCCAGUGGGGGUGCUGCUGGCAUUUGGAUCUGGGCAAUUCUUUGUCGUGCUGAAAUGUACCACAUGUUGCAAGAUGUUCGGUAUCCCAGGCUCCUAGCUACUCAACACCAGGAUUGUUCCCUGACACUGUAAAAAAAACAAAACAAAAAAUAAAAACAAAAUAAAAAGCCUUCCCCGUAUCUAUACACCUGCACAGAAGCUUGCACCCCCGCACCUGAAUACCACUGUCUACUAAGGACACACAGAGGAAAGUGCCUGUCCCCGAAUAUCAUCUCCACUGCCUUGCAUGUCUCUUAUCCACUUCAAGCUUUCUGCUUAGAUGCAGCUUAAAUUACUCUGUUCUCUAGGAGAGAGGGUUGCCAGGCAGCGUUGUCCAUUACAGUGGGCAGAGUGACCUGACCUGAUGCUUGUACGUACUUCGGGGCGGGGGGGGGGUUUAAUACGUGAAGCAAACUUUUGUUCAUCGCUUCAGAACUAGACUGCUGGCCACAGCAACACAGUAGUGGCUCUGAACAAAACAGAUGGCCUUUGGAAGUCAGAAUUAGCUUCUACCUGGUAACACCACGGACCGGUUCGCCUCUCUUCCUAUAGACAACACAGUUAAUUCACAUGGAAGUUUGGAUUCCCUCGUGUAAACAAGCCCAUAUGGUUCGGCUUCUCUAAUAAGAGGUGCAAAUGGGACAUGGUGGCAGAAAUGUGGGUUAACUGGAUCGCAUGCAUAUUCCUCACGCCACAGAGCCGAGGCUACGCAGAGUAAAGCGAGUUCUCCCCUGGGUGCUGCGCGAUCAACCUGUGCUAACCAUACGGAAGCAUACUCUUUAUGCCACUGAAAUUUAAUAGUCAAUAUGUCUUGGAAAAUAUUUAGAUGAAUUGCAGCUAGCUGCAAGGAUGGAAUUAAUUCCUCCCACUCUAACCUUUUUAAUAUUAAAAUCUAAAGACACUUUGUCUUGAAAGCAGAGCAGCUCAGAGUCAAUAAAGGUGGUUAUAGCGUAAACCUAUAGAUGGUGCCUAAAAAUUCUUAUCUUUCUUAAUAACAGUAUUUUUUAAGAAGAGAAUAAAUUGAAGGAGUACAUGAGGCAGUACGCCACUCCACCCUCAGGUCAAUUUUGAGGUUUAUUAAAAUGCCAAUAAUAUUUGUGCCACUUGCCAGCUCUGGGGUGGGGGGGAGCUUUUCCCUUUAUGGAUGCUUUUGAUUUGAUUUUUGACUGUAUCAUUACGUUGUGUAGAGAGCAUCCGCCAUGAGAAAUUGCCACUGCAGUGCUAACUAGCAUUUGGAAGGAAUUAGCAGGAGUUGAGGGUCAAACCACUUUCAUCACGUACGCUAUAGGCACUUAAUCCCUUAGUAUUUCUUCUGUGACUUAGACAUGUGCCGGUGUAGUUAAAGCGUCCUGCACAAAAUUGACCCGUGAAAUACCUGCUGAAAAUUCUCUUUCUCUUUUUCCCCCUAAGUAACAGUGGUUUUUCCAUAACGGACUGUCUGUGUUCUUGUGUCAUUUCAAGCUUUGGUUAACGUGAUCGUGACAGUAAACUGUGAUCAUUUUGAGACUAGCUGGGUCAGUCUCCCGUGUGUGACCCAAUCUUUUGCACAGGUGUGCUUUCUGUAGGUGUUAAUAACUGGAACUGUACCUGAACAAACACGACAGUUUCUCCUUUCGGUUGUUCUUAAUCCGUACUAUAUUAUAGUAUGUGAAUCUGACAGCUGCAAGUAUACACACCGAAACAUAUGUAUUCCACGAUUGUAACCUGAAAGACCAUGUAUUAUCUUUUGUAUUCCAUAUUGGUGUUUGUGUUAUUUAAAGUGGAAAAUUAUACUCUAUCUAGUAGUAUAAUAUAAUAGAAUAUUUUGCUGUGCACAGUUCCAAGUGCCUUAGAACAUUGUUUAGCUUUCCUAAGUAUAUGUAUAUGCAUAUAUGUGUGUAUAAGUUUGGAAGUGUUACCUCAAUAAAAUCAUUGGGAAAUCC